AAAACUCUGUAUACUGCAAAAUAUUGAAUGUUGUGGUCCCGAACUCUAGCUUUAAGUUAUCAUAGCCUGAGUUUAAUUUACCUCUGUUAUGGGCCCUGAACUUUUGUUGCACAUUUUGUAAUUUGUUUCUUUAAUUUUUUGGGUGAAGAAGAAGAAAAAUAGUACAAUUAGCAGCCUAUCAAACCGAAGCCCGGAGGCGAGUUGCUGUUGAUCGAGCGCCAGUGAACGUUGCACAUGGAGUUUCCUGUGUCUUUAACGAAAGUUCAAUGUCCAAGAAAAGUCUGUUAGGCUCCAAAAUGGAGCUGAGGGACCUGGCUGUGAAUGCGGUGGCACAGAAUAAGAAAGCCGUUCUUCUGAUCGGCGGAGCUGGCGUUGCUGUUUUGGGUCUUGCUCUUGGUUAUAAAUACCUGCGAAAGCCAGAAAAAGUUGUUCGUGUAGGCGUAGUGUCGCAGCUCCUCAUUCACCCUCUCAAGUCUGGCAAAGCUGUGUCUGUGGCUCUCGCAGAAUGCCAGAAAAUAGGCUUUAAGUUUGGAGAACUGCAGGAUCGACACUGGCUGGUGGUCACGGAAGACGGUCACAUGGUGACGGGCAGACAGGAGCCUCGUCUGGUGUUGGUGUCUCUGACAUGCGAGGGAGGUCAUGUAUGUCUGAACGGCCCAAACAUGGAGGAGCUGCGAUUCCCCGUCAAACAGUCCGACAACCCCGUCAUCGACUGCAGAGUGUUUGGAGCUGACAUUCAGGGACGGGAUUGCGGCGACGAAGCGUCUCGCUGGCUCACUCGUUAUCUGGGGGCAGAGAAAACCUUUCGCUUGGUGCACUUUGAACCCGGGAUGAGGGCCAGGAAGCCAGCGGAGAUUGAGCCUCUUUUCCCACAAUAUGAGGUUGCCUACCCAGAUUGCGGACCUGUGAUGCUGCUGUCCGAGUCCUCUGUCAAGGAUCUCAGCAGCAAGUUAGAGAAGGAUGUCACAGUGGAGCGUUUCCGCCCAAACAUUGUCAUAAGUGACUGUGAAGCAUUCGAUGAGGAUUCAUGGGAAGAGAUCCAGAUUGGCAGCGUGAGACUGCAGCGUGUAAUGUCAUGUGGACGAUGCAUUUUCACCACUGUGGACCCUGAAACAGGUAUAAUCACCCGAAAAGAGCCUCUGGAAACACUGAAAAGCUACCGUCUGUGCAAACCAUCUGAGAAGCACAUCUACAAAGCGUCUCCAUUGUUUGGACAGCUGCACACUGUGAAGAAGACGGGGAUCCUGCAGGUCGGCGAUGUGGUGUACAAGAUCAUCCGUUGAUUGAGGGAGUCAGAAAGGGAAAAACAUGCCGACAAACAUUUAGUCACUUUUUUAUGCUAGUCCGCAUGAAAGAAAUCACUUAAAUAGAUGUAGUACACAUAAAUAAUGAACGAAUAGCACAAACAUGUAACAAAGACUGAAAUUAAAUGCAGUUAAUAAUAUAACAAUAAUACAUUUUUUAUAGUGGAUUGUAUUAAUUGUCAUGCCAUUGGGCUGCAUCUGCGUCAGAAGGGUUGUUGUGUAACGCUAAUGGUGCUUGAAUUAAACAAAUUUCUACAUAUUGAGUUCACUGGUAAUUAAAUCAAAGAGAGAAAUUAAACUGCCUAAAGCCUUUGUAAUAUAAUACUUUAUAGGUGUAAUUAUUCCUGCAAUAAACAGGGCAGAGAAACACUGCUGGGCAACAACAGCGUCUGGUAUUAAAACAUAGCAGAACAUUUGGGAUGUCAUCCGUCUCACUGCUGAUAAAUCUUUCAUUCACAUGAAUAAACUUUCCUUCCAUAUAAUACUGUUAA